CUCCGCCACUAUGCUUUAUUGGACUGCUGCAGAGGCACCGCUGCAUCGUGAAUAGAAAAGAAGAAGAAGAAGAAGAAGACAGAAAGCUCGUGAGGCGGCCACAAACUCAGUUGCUGUGUCGCGAGGGAAACCUCCAAACAUUUUCAAGAACGGCUCAUAGCGGACUCCCUGCGAUGUCUAAAUGCAACCAUCACAACCAUCUUCUGUAGACGCACUCCAGCUGGCCGGCCCGGGUCAAAUCUGACCUCUGACCUUCUGUAGCUCUCCAAGUUCACCGUUCAUUCCGACCCCUUGGGCCUCAGUGUCCAUCUCCAAAUGCGGCUGGCCACGCUGUAGGACAGAGACUCGCUGAAAACAACCCCUCGGUGCGGUCGAAAAAACAAGAUGGACGACGGCUACAGCAACAGGACGUCUCUGGUCAAAGGCGCCAAGGACAUCGCCAAGGAGGCCAAGCGCCACGCCGCCAAGAAGGUGGGCAAGGCGGUGGACCGCGCCGCGGACGAGUACUCCUCCCAACGCCACUACAACCGCUUCGAGAACGAGGACGAUGACGAGGACCGCGGCGCCGCCGUCGCCGACGAUGACGAAGGGGCCUCGAGCGACGCCACGGAGGGCCACGACGACGAGGACGAGAUCUACGAGGGCGAGUACCAGGGGGUGCCGGCGCGCGGUGGCGACGGGAAGCCCGCCGACGGGCAGGUGGCUCUGGGUCGUCCGGACGGCCUGAAGGAGCUGGAGGAGGAGAGGAGGGCGGACGAGGAGGAGCUGGCCCAGCAGUACGAGCUCAUCAUGCAGGAGUGCGGCCACGGGAGGUUCCAGUGGCAGCUGUUCCUGGUGCUGGGCCUGGCCCUCAUGUCGGACGGCGUGGAGGUGUUCGUGGUGGGCUUCGUGCUGCCCAGCGCCGAGACGGACAUGUGUGUGCCCAACUCUGGGGCCGGAUGGCUGGGCAGUAUCGUCUACCUGGGGAUGAUGGUGGGGGCGUUUUUCUGGGGGGGGCUGUCUGACAAGCUGGGCAGGAAACAGUGCCUGCUCAUCUGCAUGUCUGUCAACGGCUUCUUCGCCUUCCUCUCCUCCUUCGUUCAGGGCUACAGCAUGUUCCUCUUCUGCCGCAUGCUCUCCGGCUUCGGAUUGGGGGGGGCGGUGCCCAUCGUCUUCUCCUACUUUGCGGAGGUGCUGGCCAGGGAGAAGAGAGGGGAGCACCUGAGCUGGCUGUGCAUGUUCUGGAUGAUCGGAGGGAUCUACGCCUCGGCCAUGGCCUGGGCCAUCAUCCCGCACUACGGGUGGAGUUUCAGCAUGGGAUCGGCCUACCAGUUCCACAGCUGGAGGGUGUUUGUGGUGGUGUGUGCCCUGCCCUGCGUCUCUGCCGUGGUGGCCAUCACAUUCAUGCCCGAGAGCCCACGCUUCUACUUAGAGAUGGGCAAGCACGACGAGGCGUGGAUGGUGCUCAAACACAUCCACGACACCAACAUGAGGGCGCGAGGAGAGCCGGAGAAGGUCUUCACGGUGAACCGGAUCAAGAUCCCCCGACCACUGGAUGAGCUGGUGGAGAUGCAGAACGAGACGGCCAACCCUGCCGCCAAGGUCCUCUACAAGAUCAGGGCCGAACUCAGAGGGAUCUGGCUCACGUUCAUGAGGUGCUUCGACUACCCGGUGAAGGACAACACCAUCAAGCUGGCCAUCGUCUGGUUCACUCUGUCCUUCGGGUACUACGGCCUGUCCGUGUGGUUCCCUGACGUGAUCAAGCACCUGCAGGCGGACGAGUACGCCUCCAGGGUCAAGAUCCACACCGACGAGCGCGUGGAGGACAUCACCUUCAACUUCACCCUGGAGAACCAGAUCCACACCAACGGGGUCUUCGUCAACGACAAGUUCAUCAGUAUGAAGUUCAAGGCUGUCACCUUCAUUGACUCGACGUUCCAGAACUGUUACUUUGAAGACGUGUCCUCUGUGGGGUCUUUCUUCAAGAACUGCAGCUUCAUCGAAGCCUUUUUCUACAACACUGAUAUUGACGACUCCAAGCUGAUUGGCUCCAGGCUGAUCAACAGCUCGUUUCAACACAACAAGACUGGCUGCCAGAUGACGUUCGAUGACGACUACAGCGCCUACUGGGUUUACUUCGUCAACUUCCUGGGCACGCUCGCUGUGUUGCCUGGCAACAUAGUCUCCGCUCUGCUCAUGGACAAAAUAGGGCGUUUGAGCAUGUUAGGGGGCUCCAUGGUCCUGUCUGGGAUCAGCUGUUUCUUCCUGUGGUUCGGCACCAGUGAGUCCAUGAUGAUAUUCAUGCUGUGUCUCUACAACGGCCUCAGUAUAUCAGCAUGGAACUCUCUGGACGUGAUCACAGCCGAACUCUACCCCACGGACAGGAGGGGGACAGGGUUUGGUUUCUGCAACGCCAUGUGCAAGCUGGCAGCUGUGAUGGGGAAUCUGAUCUUCGGUUCGCUGGUCGGCAUCACCAAGGCGAUCCCCAUCCUGCUGGCGUCGGCGGUGCUGGUGGGCGGAGGCCUGGUGGGGCUCAGACUUCCAGACACGCGUUCCAACGUCCUCAUGUAGCCCCCUCUACCUACCCCGCCCAGAUACCCCUUCCCUCUACCCCACCC